GUGACGUGAUCCGCACGCGCCCGUCGGCACGCAGGGCUCCGUCUUAACCGUCGAGCUUGUUUCGGCUAAACGAACUAACGGUUAAAACGCGGAAGGAUGCAGGGAAAGAAGUCCUCGAAAGAAAAGAAAAGAAAACACGCUCACCGAGAUCCUUCUGACGGGGACGGAAAGAGGAGAAGCACCGAAUCCAGCGUGGAGGACCGUAAAGGGGAGGCUGAGAAUGCGGGGCAGGCCACGGCAGCGCCGAGCGACGUCGAGGAGGGCGGACUGGACCUGAGCGUGCCGCUGAAACCGAUCGGCGCGUACGCGGCGGACCGCCACGAGAUGCUGGAACAGUGCUUCCGCGUGCUCGGGGAAAGCAAACUGAGAAAGAUGCUUCCGGACGAGCUCAAGGACAGCUCAUUUGCAGAGAUCAGGACAUUGUGUUGGGAUCAGCUGCAGCAGCUGUCUGAGAGCAAUCUGCUUCAGAUACUUGAGGGUGAAGAGUUGACUGCUAAUUCUGAAACCAAAGAGACUGCGGCUAAAAGGAAUUCAGCUGAGAGUCAGCAGGACAAUAAUGUGGAUUCCACCUCCUCUGUGAAAGAGGCUACUGAAGCAGAGGACAAACAAGUAGGUGGAUCUGGAGACGACAGUGAUGUUCUAAGCAUCAAUGCAGACAUGGAUGACAGUGACAUUGAGGGUCACAAAGACAACAAGCCUUUGGAAGAGGAAGUCCCUACUACCAUGGCAACGAACCCUCCUGUUGCUGCUCCAGCUCAUGAACCAGGCAGCCAGUCAGCUGAGCCAAAGCUGGAGCUUCAGCAUGACAUUGACAAGAGUGUCAGUGAGAUCUUGGCACUGACCACACCCACUUCCAGCAAGCUGGAGGGGCUGUUGCAGCCAGUCGCCAUAGAAACAGCUCCCACAUCACUUCCUCUUCCUGCAGCCACAACAGCAGUGCCCUCGGCACAGCAGCUAGCGCUGCUGGAGCUGGAGAUGAGAGCAAGAGCCAUUAAGGCUCUGAUGAAGGCCAAUGAGCACAAGAAAUAAGAUAUUAACUCAGUGGGUGGGCAGGGGAUCUGGCAGCCAUUUUGGCUCUAAGCAGAGAAGAAUUUGCAAGGCCAUAUUGGCUACAAGUUGUACAGUUAUGUCCAAGGAAUAUAUGCAGCCAUAUUGGCUCAUCACUUUCUUAGAAAAGGAACCAAAUGUGGCUCCUGAUUGUUUUAAGUACCUGGAUACAGUAUGAUGGAAGCGGUUUUACAUUGUUGAGGAGACAACAAGAAGGUUGGAAGAUUAUAACAAAACAAACUGGCAGCAUCACUGCUGCUUUUUCAGUGCUUCAAUAAAACAUACUGAUCAUCA